AUGUUCAGACAAUUAUUCAGACAAUCAAACCGUUCGACUGUUGCUAGCUUCUUAAAGCAACGUCAAUACCAUACAUCAAGACCAUUGUUCUCAGAUGCUCUUAGCAGACAUAUUGAAACAGAAGAGAACAAUGAUCAUACACCAUUCGAUUUCAAUGAAGAGAAUAUGGUUAAAGUAGAAAAGAUUCUUUCUAAAUACCCACCAGCAUAUAGACAAUCAGCAAUGAUCCCAUUGUUGGAUUUAGCUCAGAGACAGAAUGGUGGUUGGAUCUCAUUGCGUGCAAUGGAUAAAGUAGCAGAGAUCAUCGGUGUACCACCAAUGGAGGCAUACGAAGUCGCUUCUUUCUACACAAUGUUUAACCGUACAAAGAUUGGAAAGAACUUUGUACAAGUCUGUACAACUACACCAUGCAUGUUGCGUGGUUCAACCGCUAUCCUCGAUGCCUGUAAACAUCACUUAAAGAUUGGUGUCGGUGAAACAACAAAGGAUGAUGUUUUCACAUUGGCAGAGGUCGAAUGUCUCGGUGCCUGUGUAAAUGCACCAAUGAUCUGUAUUAACGAUGACUUUUAUGAGGAUUUGACACCAGACUCAAUGAAGAAUCUAUUAAACCAAAUUCAAAAUGGAAAAGAAACCAAGAUCGGUCCACAAACUCACAGAAAGGCUGCCGAAGGACCACAAGGAAAGACAACUCUAUUAGAACAACCAAGUGGUCCAUUCUGUAGAGAUGAUUUAAUGUCAUUCAAUUGCCCAGAUUGUAAUACUAGUGUUCCAGGUUCGAAUUGUGCUUUUUCUUUAUCUAGAAGUAAAGGAUGGAAAAAUAAAUCUGGUUGCGAGUCCUAUUGUAAAUGUGGUUAUCCAAUUAAAGCGAAACAACUAAGAACCAAUGUAUUUUCAAGUUUUUUAAAUAAUGAUAGAGCUGCUAAUAGUGAUGCCUACAUAUAUUGUGAAACUAGUGGUGGCCAGAGUCAUGUCUACUAUGGUACUUUUAACUCUUGUUCUAUUGGAAAUGGUUUACCAGCAGUGGAAUGA